AUGCCGUGGAGGGAUUUGGAUGUUCAAGGCCAUGAUCAGCAUACCGACAGAAACAGUGCAGCUUCCUGUGUUGUGCUAUUUGGUGCGUUCCAUGUGUCUCGGAUGAUGUUCAGCCCUAGCACCAAGGAACAUGAUGCAAACGCCCGAGUUUUAAAAACCGGUCUUCACAUAUCAGAAUCUCCGAGCAUGAAAACGGAUUUCUACCUUCUUGCUAAGCUCAUACUGGCCAAUGCUCUCCAUCAACUCACACGCCACAAGCUAUUAUUCCACAGCAGUAACAGGCUACCUAUGGCCAUGGACAACACUGGCAUUUACGGAGGAGGAGCCUUGGGCACAUUCACCUUUGGCUACGUAUUUGCCUCUGCGAUCGCCCUUCAGAUCUUCUCCCAAGGAUUCCCGCAUGGCGAGAUCCUUCGUUCACUCAACUGGCGCACUUGGGCUCGCACUACCAAGUCGAAGAGCAGUGGCAAGUCACCCCCAAGGAUUGCCAGCCGCAGUGAACUCGUCAACAUAGACUACGACGACUUCUUGGACGAUGAACCCCUCGAACGUAUGGUUCAGCACUUGUUUUCGCAUUCCAUUUGUCAACCGAUUCAAAAGCUUCUCGUCGGCUACCUACGCGAUCAGGCCGCAAUAAAGCCCAUUCGGCAUUGCCACUCACUUGACUUGAGGGAUUUCCCUUCGAUGCUCCUCAGCAGUCUUCCUCUAUUGGUUCCCCUCUGGAUUUUCACUAGCUACUACUGGACUUCGCUCUUCGGGGUCAUGAUGUGGGAGCGCUUCGGCUCCGAUGUUGUGCAUGGACUACUUUCCCGGUCAUUGGAAUGCUUCCGAUGGGGAUGGGGAUUUCUGGGAGGUUCAUAUCGGGUCAUAUUUCGCAUCAACGGCGUUAUGACAAUGACGAAGGGGGCUCGGCGGGUGCCCCCAUGGGCAGGCUACGACGACGGGCCUUUCGGUAGCGUUCUUUAUGAUGGCGUGAGCCCUUGA